UGCAAUCUAUCCGAUGCGGCAAUGGCGGUGGUCACGAGCCAUCAACGUCAUUACAUUGUAUGUCAUAAGUGUAAGGGAUGCAAGGGUUAUGCAGCCGUGAACACAUCCGGUGAGGCUGCGCAAUGCAGUCACAAGGCGGAGUCCUCUUCUCUCUUUUUUUUUCUUUCCUUCUCACCCUCUCCUCUAACCAAGCGCGAAAGAAGUAAAAGUCAGUUCCUGCUUGGCACCGCCGCUUCGUCCUCUGUUGCGCACAGUACUCCACAGUUGACCGCGGAAGAAACGCUUCAGUCGGCGACUUGGUCAGCUCAUCUAUUCGCGACGCGCAUCGACACGGGUAACAUGGCACCACAGCUUGCACCUGACACCCCUCGAUUGGUGGGGUCGACAAGACCUCUCAAGACCUCUCAAGACCACUCGUCCCAAAUCAUGCUCGCGCCCCCCUCUCGCCCUCUCGGGCCGUGGCUGAGGCACGAUCUCAUCUGAAUGGCCCUAAGAAGCAACGUUUGCCGGAAGCGCAUGAGUAAUCUGCAUAUGUAAG